GAAACCUUUGCAACAGGGCUUCCCAGAGUGUAGUUCCUUUUGGACUCUGGCAUUGACAGGGAUUGCAAGUCUCAAGAAGAGCCAAAGCUUCUGACAAUUCCUGUGUCACACAGCUGGUAUCUUGCAUUAAGCUGAAUUCCUCCUCCAACUCUUGAUGGCAGUGAGUGUAAAGGUCUUGCCUUCUCCAAAGUGUUUGUUUGAUGAUCCCAUUCAGAUUAAAGUGGAGGGUCUCUCACCGCUGCAGGAGGUCACUCUGAGGGCAUCCCUGACUGAUGAGAAUGGGGAACUUUUCCAGUCCUUUGCCUACUACAGGGCUGAGAGCAAUGGAGAACUGGACCUGACAUGCUCCUCAGCCCUGGGUGGCAGUUACUCUGGGGUAGAACCCAUGGGACUGCUAUGGUCACUGGAAUCCAAGACACCCUUCAAACGGCUGGCAAAGAAGAAUGUCCUCACCCCUUUCUAUGUACAUGUGGAAGUGUUUGAGGGCCACGAUAUCACCAGUCAGCUCCUGGGCAAAUGCAUUAAUGAGCGGAAAUUUUUGGGAGAGGGGGUGGAAAGGAUUCCAGUCAGAGAAGGUCGGCUCAGGGCAACUCUCUUCCUGCCUCCUGGAUCUGGUUCAUUCCCAGGACUUAUCGACUUGUAUGGAUCUGGAGGAGGUCUUGUUGAGUACAGAGCAAGUCUUUUGGCUAGCAGGGGCUUUGUUACACUUGCUCUCGCUUAUUUAGCCUUUGAAGAUAUCCCAGCUUUCCCAGACAUCCUCGAACUGGACUAUUUUGGGGAGGCUGUGGAGUUUUUGCGGAAGCAACAGCAGGUGAAAGGUACCGGGAUCGGAGUCUUGGGCUUAUCUAAAGGGGCAGAUCUAGCCCUUUCUCUGGCCACAUUUCUGCCAGGCAUCCAAGCAGCUGUCAGCAUUUCUGGAUGUGGUGUUAAUUCCUUUAUCCCCCUGCGUGUUAAUGGUUUCACUAUUCCUCCCCAUCCGUAUGACUUGGGGAGGAUGAAGACUGUCGGUGAUUCUGGAAUAAUAGAUUUUUCAGAAGUCCUGGAUGAUCCUAGGGACCCAGCCACUUGGGCCUGCCGCAUUCCAGUAGAGAAAUCCCCCGCCAAGCUCCUCUUUUUAUCAGGUCAGGAUGACAGAAACUGGAAAAGUGAGCUCUACUGCCGAGAAGUUAUUCACUGCCUUCGGCAGUGCGGGCGAGAUGUGGAGUUUUACAGCUAUCCUGGGGCAGGACACCUCCUGGAGCCACCGUAUUUGCCUUUGUGUCAGGCCUCAAUUCAUAAGCUGUCUGGGGGAUACAUGCUGUGGGGAGGGCAGUGGAGAGAGCAUGCCCGGGCACAGGAUGACUCAUGGCACAGGAUACAGGUCUUCUUUCAGCAACACUUGCUGGCCUCUGAUGCCAUCAAGAGUAAUCUAUAGGGGUGAGAUUGCCAUGGUGCCUGACGGAGUUAGGUAGCCAACUCCGGUUGAGAGUCUCUAGGAAUUGGUCCUGGCACUGGUAGGUAUUUUGAAAAUAGUAUGCUGAGGAACUUAAUCUUCACCCUAUUACUCUUCAGUCUUCAUCUUCUAGUCUCUUUUCCAACUGUGUGCCUGCUUUCCUGUUUAUCUUUCCUACUGCUCUGCUGAUUUUAUACUCAUUUGGCGUUGAAUUUUAGGGUCCUCUAGACUCGGGUAUAUUGUUCAUAGGCACAGUGUGAUUUGUCCUUAUACUGCUGCAGUACCAGAGGCCAGUCCUCUUAUUAAACAGAAGUGGUCUAUCAUGCCAAAUUGGUUUUGUGGUGUGGUAUGUUGGCCACUUAUCUCCUAGCUCAGUUCUUUUGUGACAUAGGAUCUGGAUCCACAGGGGUGCUUAGCACCCAUAACUCACAUCCCAGGAUGAGACCCUUAAUGGAGUCUAGACAUGAAUACAGGUUUGAAGUGAAACAUUAGUGCCUUCACCCACCUCUCCUCAGGACUGGGACAAUUCACUGACUCUUGGUGUGUCACUAUCUCCCAUUCCAUGAAAAUAAAAAUCCCGCUGUUCAUAGAAUCAUAGAAUAUCAGGGUUGGAAGGGACCCCAGAAGGUCAUCUAGUCCAACCCCCUGCUCGAAGC